AUGGCUCCGGAAAAAGAACGCCUCGCCUUGGACGGGUUACCUACCGAGCUGAUCAUCUCAAUAUUCUCGCAUCUACCCGAUGUAAGAUCCAUCCAAAAACUUGGUCUGGCAUCCAAGAAAUUUCAAAACAUCCUGUUGGCGCACGAGGGUGUGAUAGCUCGUCGCUUUGUGGCCAGACAUACCAACGAUAACGACCCUGGCGUUACGAAACUAGCUUUUAUAGCAUGUAAAGCCCUGGACUUCCUCCCCAAUUAUGACAAUUCAGAGGACCCUUCCGACGACGGUAUCAAAUUCCUCGAAAAAUACGUCAAACGGGGGGACUGGCCGAUUCAGUCUUAUCGGUUGCCUGUCCUUGAAUGGUUACCUGAACUGAGCAAAGGUAUCGAAUCCGUCUUGGACUGGAUUGUCGCGGAAAUGGCGCCCUUACCGCUUAAGUUGGAGGGCGAGGGUUUCACCUCUACCGAGAUGUCGCGCCAGAGGCGACUGUUAUAUAUGCUUGACUUUAUUUCCACGUUACUCAGGGAAAUCCAUGCGUCAAAAUUAACGAACCAAAAAAAGGACAAGCUAUUCAAAGCGCUUUGCGACUCAUUUUCGCCUGCUGAGAUGUUUUUGGUGUACCAGCUAAUGGAGAGGUUAUACCAUUUUAACGCAAUUACAAUCGACCUGUGCGCAGUAUCGGUUGAAGUCGAACUUUUCAUGAAGUCUGUCCACAAUCUGCGGCAUUAUAGAAAUUGGUUUGAUAUCUUCUUGGAUGAGAAACGGGCCGAACUUUCGAAUAGCGAAGAUCCUCCUUCUUGGGAACCAUUCGUCGAUGACCCCAACGCCUUCAUCAGGAAGUGGAUACCAUCGGAUGAUGAAUAUAACGAUACCUUAGAGGAGUAUUACUAUUACAGCCCUUUGGAUUACGAAUGGCUUAUGGUAAAGCACCUAUUUGGGCGGCGUCACUGGUUCCUUCUGAUAGGAGACGAGGAUCGAUGUAAAUCGGUUAUAAAUCAUGGGCGUAUUUGGUCUUGGGACAAUGAUACUUUCCCAUCGUCGCCAUCCGUGGAUAAUUCCUUGAUAAAAUGGCACCAAGAUCCAGCACGCUUCGGGUUUCCAGGCGCUGUGGACACGAUGAUACCGCUCCGCGAGCUGUUUGGCUCCAACCAAAAACGUAGGAGAUGGUAUUUAUAA